GAGCACACUCAUUUUGCUGAAAACAAAUAUGAAUUUCCUGUUUUUCGUUUUCCUCCUGGGAGCUUGUUCCUUAGCGCUAACAAAUGCUGCAACCAUUGAACUCUGUUGCAAGAGAUGCCAUCCGAACAGCCAUUGGUUGGGCGGCAAGCGUCCCAAGAAGGCGCAAUGCCUAGAAAUGUGCUCAGAGAUGUUCGCGGACUUAGAACAUGCAUGCGAGGACUUUGGAUGGUAAAACAACAAGCAGUCUUUUCCUCAAUGCCUGUUUUUUCUUGUGAUAAGAUAAAAUAAAGCAUUGUGCAG